AUUUAAAUAGCAAAAGGUUUUAAUAAAAGUGACUAAUAACAACAAAUUAAAUUGAAUAUUUUAAAAAAUAAUUUUAUAUAAACAAAAUGUUAAAUAUUAAAUAAAAUAAAACGUUGCUAUAAGGCAGAAUUAGUCACUUAUAACACAAGACAUUCACCAAAAAUCAAAAAAAUUUUAAAAUUCAUUAGCAAAAAUUUUUUUAUAAAAAUACCUUAAACAUAAAAUGAAAUAAUUUAAAAUGCAAAUUUUUAAAACUAUAAAACGAAAAAUGAAUGUCAUCAACAAAAAUUUAUAACAACAAAAAAUUGCAGAAAUAAACCUUAAAUAAACCCCAAAUAAAAAUACCAAAUUAUAAUAAUAAUAGAUUAAAUCUAUAAAAAAACAACAACAAAAAAGCAUCUUAAUUAACAAUUAAAAACCAAACAAAUUUAAAAAAAAUUGAAAACUUUUCCUAUAAUUUUGAAAGGAUUUUAAAGUAUUUUCUAAAAAGUAAAUUAAUUAAUUUUAAAAUUAUCAUUAUGUUGGCUGUUAAAAAUUUCUUUUUACCUGAACGCACAAAAGCUCCCGAUACGCCACAGCGCUUUUCACGCAUGCCCGAAGCUUUUUUACGCAGCAUACGCCGCCGUUCGUUACGUGUUAAACGUGCCAAAUCACUAGUCGUUCCCGAUCGGGAAAAAAGGAAAUCAGAUUCCUUUGUAAAUAGUCAAGAAUGGACGAUAUCACGCUCAGUGCCCGAUUUACGUUUGGGCAUAGUGGGCUCUCUAAACUCAGGCAAAUCUGCAUUAGUACAUCGUUAUCUGACGGGUUCGUAUAUGCAAGAAGAAUCACCCGAAGGAGGACGUUUCAAGAAAGAAGUAUUCAUCGAUGGCCAAAGUUAUUUAUUGUUAAUACGUGAUGAGGGUGGUGCUCCAGAAAUGCAGUUUGCUGCUUGGGUUGAUGCUGUUAUUUUCGUUUUUAGUUUAGAAAACGAAUCCAGUUUUAAUACAGUCUACAAUUAUUAUACAAAAAUGGCUCAUUUUCGUAACGGCCAGGAGAUACCCAUGAUUUUGGUGGGCACUCAAGAUGCCAUUAGUGAACGUAAUCCCCGUGUUAUAGAUGAUUCGCGUGCUCGCAAAUUGGCCAAUGAUUUGAAGAGAUGUUCAUAUUAUGAGACUUGUGCCACUUAUGGUUUGAAUGUGGAAAGAGUUUUUCAGGAUGCUUGUCAAAAAAUUCUCUCACAACGUCUACCCCUACCCGCAAAUGUUACCUCCCGACCCACUACACCCCAGGGCACACGUUUGGGUAUAGCCUCCUAUCAUCAUAACUCACAAAAUGGCAGCAAUACCAAUGGUUUUGCUUCUUCAAACUCUUCCUCCAAUUCCAUGCAAACGGGAGCCGGAGCUGCCGCUGGUAAUCUCACCCUACCCCAUAGACAUCAUGUACUCUCGAGUUCAACUCACCAUAUACCCAUGCGCAUGAGUGCAGAUUUUGUGCAUCAAGAACAACAGCACAGUCUGCCGUCCACAGCAGGCGGUAAUGCUCAAAAGUUAUGGCAGGCACAACAGCCACAAGAAACCCAACAUGUACAAUUGAGAUCUCAUCAUAAUCGCGAACGGGAACGUGAAUGCUAUAAUAUGACCAAUGAAAAUAACAAUAUAACCAAAUAUAAUCCCCAGGGUACGAAUUCACAAAAUAGUUCGGCCUCCGAGCAAUUGGCUCCCCUGUCGUUGGUGCCUUUAAGAGAAAAAGACUCGAAUUUGGCAGUGAGUGGUAAGGAUUUGCCCACACCCACUUCAACGCCUACGGCCAGUAGAAAAUCACGCAGAAGAUCGAAUCUCUUUAUACCCUCCUCCUCGAAAAAGGGUGAAAAAGAAAUGAAAAAUGGUGAAGUGGGUAGUGGACGCUCGAUACCCAUUAAACAGGGUUAUUUGUACAAAAGAUCUAGUAAAUCUUUGAAUAAGGAAUGGAAAAAGAAAUAUGUUACUUUGUGUGAUGAUGGUAGACUGACCUAUCAUCCUUCACUACAUGACUAUAUGGAUGAUGUGCAUGGCAAGGAAAUACCUUUGCAAUAUGUUACUGUAAAGGUGCCGGGCCAGAAGCCCAGAGGUUCCAAGUCCAUAAUAACAAAUAGUGCUUUGACCACUUCCAUGUUGUCCACCAAUAAUGCUUUCGAACCCCUUAAAGAGUCGGCAGUCAAAUCGAAUUCAUCCCAACAAACCAGCGGUGACGAAGGCAUAGCCAUGUCCAAUUCUAACUCUCAAACCUUUAUAGCGGGCGCCGGGGAGAACUCACAACGUGAACUUUUAGCUGUUAAUGCUUCCAAUAAAUUGGAGGCCCAAACCCCUAAUGUUAAGAAACGUCAUAGACGCAUGAAGAGCAGUAGUGUUAAAUCCAAUGAAAUUGAUGAUUCGGAUGGUUAUGAAUUCUAUAUUGUCUCUUUGGACUCCAAACAAUGGCACUUUGAGGCAGCCAAUUCGGAAGAGCGUGAUGAAUGGGUGGCCGCCAUAGAACAGGAGAUAUUCAAGAGUCUUCAAACCAUAGAAAGUACUAAAAUGAAACCGGCCACCACUAGUGAAUUGGCCUCGAUGGUGACGAUACGUACUCGCGUACCGGGUAAUGGCUAUUGUGUCGAUUGUGAUGCACCAAAUCCCGAAUGGGCCAGUUUAAAUUUGGGUGUCUUAAUGUGUAUUGAAUGCUCGGGUAUUCAUCGUAAUUUAGGUUCUCAUAUCUCUAAAGUACGCUCUUUGGGUCUGGAUGAUUGGCCAGCCGGUCAUUUAAGUGUUAUGCUGGCCAUUGGCAAUAGUUUGGCUAAUUCUGUUUGGGAAGCAAAUACCCGCCAGCGUUCGAAACCCAAACCAAAUUCAUCUAGGGAAGAGAAAGAGUGCUGGAUUAGAAGUAAAUAUGAGGCCAAAGAAUUUUUACCUCAACAGAAUACGAAUACAAAUGCUACACCCGGUCAGCAAUUAAUCGAAGCUGUGAUUAGAUCUGAUAUGAAAUCGAUUGUUUUAAUCUUGGCCAAUGCCAAUGCUGAAGUUACCAAUGCCAAUGUUAGUCCUAGAGAUGUUAGGACUCCCCUACUAUUGGCCUGUGCCAUUGGCAAUUUAGCCAUAGCUCAACUAUUAAUAUGGAAUGGUGCCAACAUUAAACAUACCGAUCAUGAGGGACGCACUUGUUUGGCUUAUGCUCGGGCGGCUCAAUCUUUAGCCACCGCCAAAUCUUUGAAAGCCGCUGCAGCAGCAGCUGCUGCUACGCAAAAUGCCAGCAGUACCAGUAAUACAAAUUCCAGUAUGGCUAGCAAUACUUCAUCGUCAUCAUCUUCGGUAUCGAAUGCCACAACCACCUCAACAAAUUCUCACUCAGCUAACAGUAGCAGCAGUACGGCUGCCAAUAGCUCCACCAGCAAUGGUGGUAUACCAGCACCACAUUACAGUGUAGAGGAAACUACUGCUUUAGUGGAACUUUUGACGGGUUUGGGUUGUCCCGAAUCGGCGCCUCUUACCGCAAGUGGUACUUUGCCUAGACGUAGAGAUACUUUGGGUACACCUUAUGAAAAAACUGUUUCCGGGGUGAUAUAAAUAAAUUAAUAAUUUAAGCAUCUUUUUUCUAAAAUCUAGAGAUAUUUUUCGAUAUAUACAUCUAGUAACUAGGAGACAAGUAGUUUUUUUUUUUAAUAUUUAAACCAUAAAACAAACAAAAACACGCUUAGCUUUUUCUAAAAAAAACAUAAACAAAACAAAACAAACAAACCGUUAUAAUUUAGUUUUAAAUUUUAAUUUUAAAAGUUUUUAAAGGCCUACAUUUUUAAACAAAAAUCUAAGAACAUUAAACCUCAUAAAUUUUGUAAUUUAAAUUUUUACAAAUUUAACGCUUUUGUAAAAAUUUCAAUUUUGUUAACGGGUGUCAAAUUUGGGCUGUUAAUUAAUUUUAAAACUUUUCUUUAGCUUGCUGUAAAAUUUCUUUUUUCGCUUCCUUUUUAUUACAUUUAUCUAUUAAUAUUAAAUUGUUGAGUUUUUUUUUUUAAUUUUUGUAUAUUUUUUCCUUUUUGUUUUUAAGUUUUGUUAAAGUUUUUUUUUUACUUUUUUUAAAACCUUUCAACCCAAAUACUUUUAAAUCAGUUUGUAAAAUCUAUUGUAUUAAAUUUUCUUAGCAAUCUAUCUGGCUUUUAUAAUUGAUUCCCUGUUAAUUGUUUUCUUCUGUUUUUUUUUUUUAAUUAGUUAAUCUCCUCUAUUUUGUUUAUUAUUUAAUUUUAACAAUUAGUGAAAGAAACAAAAAUUAAAACCUAGUUUAUAUAAUUGUUUUUAAUUGAAAAUUAUAUAUUAUAUGUUUGUAUAACUUUUAUUGUGUAUGUGUGUGUAAUGUAUAUAACUAUUAUUUUUUAUUAUUAUUAUCAUUAUAUUUAAGACAAUUAUUUAUUAAGUUUUAUUAUUAUUUUUAUUAAAAAUGCAAAAAAGC